CCUCGCCUGAAGCGGCUGCUUGUUCGCCUUCGCAGUAGUCCACCCGGAGCACUUUGACCGUCAAACGAUAACGCGAGAAACAAAGAAACUGAGAUGGGGCAAUCGCUGCUGCUGUUGCUUGCCUGCCUCGUUUACGUCUGGCAGACAAUUAAUGCAGCCUCCGCCUGUCCGCGUGCGCCCACCCACUUGCUUCAUGGUCGGCGCACACGCGGUGACAAUGGAUACAAAUUAAUUGUGGCUGAUGGACCCAAUGGAUAUGUACCCGGGAAGACGUAUAAUUUACUCCUGCUCGGUUCCCGCACGCACUCAAAGGUGCAACAUUUCACCCACUUCACCAUUACUGCAGAGGCUCAAACUGGCGCCAGACGCCCCCAAGUGGCCAGUCCUCGACGAGUAGGCCGGUUCCAGCUAUUUAGUGAUUCGCUAACCCAAUUCAAUGAUCGGUGUGUGAACACCGUCUCGGAGGCGGAUGACUUGCCCAAGACGGAAGUCCAGGUGAUGUGGGUAGCUCCGGAGUCCGGAUCUGGCUGCGUAGCACUCUCCGCCAUGGUUUACGAGGGUCCGCGUGCGUGGUAUGCGGAUGACGGCAACCUGUCGGCGGUGAUCUGUGAGCGCAAGCCAGAUGCUGCCACGGCUCAGAAGGAAUGCUGCGCCUGCGACGAGGCCAAGUACAGCUUUGUCUUCGAGGGCAUCUGGUCGAAUGAGACGCAUCCGAAGGACUAUCCAUUUGCCAUCUGGUUGACCCACUUUUCGGACGUGAUUGGGGCCUCGCACGAGUCCAACUUCUCAUUUUGGGGCGAGAAUCACAUUGCGACUGCCGGUUUUCGCUCGUUGGCCGAAUGGGGAUCGCCAGCAGCUCUGGAGACGGAGCUUCGAGCCAACGGGCCCAAGCUGCGUACGUUGAUCAAAGCCGCAGGCCUCUGGUAUCCGAAUGUAAACGAGAACACCUCCUCCAAGUUCCGCGUGGAUCGCAAGCAUCCCAAGGUGUCUAUGGUGUCGAUGUUUGGUCCCUCCCCGGACUGGGUCGUGGGCAUCAGUGGCGUCGACCUUUGCACUGACGACUGCAGCUGGAAGGAGUCUCUGGACUUUGAUUUGUAUCCCUGGGAUGCUGGCACUGACAGUGGGAUCACUUACAUGUCGCCCAAUUCAGAAACACAGCCCCCGGAACGGAUGUACCGCAUUACGACAAUGUACCCAGAGGAUCCCCGUGCUCCUUUCUACAACCCGCAGAGCCGCGAGAUGACGCCACUGGCCAAGUUGCAUUUGCGCAGAGAGAAGAUUGUCUCACGUAACUGCGAUGAUGAGUUCCUGCAAGCGCUCCAGCUGGAGGUGUCGGACGAUGCAGAGGAGCAGGACACUCGCGCUGAGUGCCGUGUUACCGACUAUUCCACGUGGAGCCCAUGCUCUGUGACCUGUGGCAAGGGCAUCCGGAUGCGCAGUCGGCAAUAUGUCUACCCCCAGCAGGCGGAGCAGACCAAGUGCAGUCGCCAAUUGGUUUCCAAGGAGAUGUGUGUGGCUGCGGUGGCCGAGUGCGCCGACGGCUCAUCCCCCAGCCGCGACCGAGACGAGGAUGAAGGCGAGAACCUGGCCAACUCACAGUCGUUGGUCAACGACAAUGGCGAAGGAGCCGGUCUCUGCAAGACAUCGCCCUGGAGCGUAUGGUCCGAGUGUUCUGCCAGCUGCGGAAUCGGAAUCACCAUGCGGACUCGCACCUUUGUCAACCAUCUGGGUCGCAAGCGCUGCCCGCACAUCACCAUCGUGGAGAAGAACAAGUGCAUGCGGCCAGACUGCACCUACGAGCAAGUGGAGCUGCCCGAUCCGACUUGUCCCACCACACAGUGGAGUGAUUGGAGCCCGUGCUCAGCCACCUGUGGUCGCGGCGUGACCAUCCGCACCCGUCUCUUGUUGCUGGAGAACGGACCCGAGAAGGAGAACUGCACGCAGCGAAUGGAGCUGCAUCAACAGAAGGAGUGUGUUAACCCGCAGGACUGCCACAUCAAUAUGGAGCUGGCCAAGGACAUUUGCGUUCAACAGCCGGACUCUGGUCCUUGCCGCGGCAGCUACCAGCGCUACGCCUUCAAUCCGCACACCCAUCGCUGCGAUGCGUUCAGUUACGGCGGUUGCCGUGGAAACCGGAACAACUUCCUUACGGAGAACGACUGUCUGCACACCUGCAGCAUGACAGGCUCCGCCUCGAGCACAGCUGACCAAGAUGGCAAUCUACCCAAAGGCUGCAUCAUGUCCGAGUGGGAAAAUUGGUCGGCCUGUAGCGUCAGCUGCGGCGUCGGCUUCUCCGAGGGCCAUCGCUUUGUCAUAAGCGAGCCCAAGCAUGGCGGCCAGUCCUGUCCCAAGCGUUUGGUCAAACAUCGUCGCUGCACUAUGCCCGCCUGCUAGCCUAUCUUUUGGCAAUCUACUAAAUGCUCACCAAUUACUGAAUGUACGUCUCCACGGAGAUUCAAAUAAACACAUUUACAUAUUUUCACCUA